CACCUUUCCUCGAACUCCCAGAGCCACCCUCCCACCCACGCAGAUUGUGACGAAGCCACCCCGCGCCGCGUCAGAAGACACCCCCACACAACACCUGCACGCCACCCGCGCAACCCGACUCACGCCGGCGGCCACCGUGCAGCGCCCGCCAUGGCUGUGAGCAACAACAUCACGGCAUGCGUGACGCUGAUGGCGCUGAUCUGCGCGGUGCCCGUCAUCGCGUCGGGGGUCUGGUUCGCGUCGGCGCAGGGGGAGGAGUGCGCGCGCCUGGCUCGCUGGCCCGUCGCCAUCCUGGGCGGGCUCCUCCUCCUGGCAGCCCUCGCCGGGUUCGUCGGCGCCUACUGGAACCGCCGCAGGCUCCUCGCGUUCUACCUCUUCGCCAUGGCGGCGCUCAUCGUGCUCCUCAUCGUGCUGCUCGUCUUCGCCUUCGCCGUCACGCGCGGGUCGGGGGGCUACCCGGUGCUGGGCCGCGCAUACGACGACUACCACCUCGACGGGUUCUCCAUGUGGCUGCGCGGGUACGUCUCCGACGACCCCGGCAGGUGGGAGAAGAUCAAGGCGUGCCUCGCCGUCUCCGACACCUGCAAGAAGCUCGCGCGGCAGGGCUCGUUCGUCACUGCCGACCAGUUCUACAUGUCCCACCUCUCGCCGCUCCAGUCGGGUUGCUGCAAGCCGCCGUCGGUGUGCGGGUUCAGCUACGUGAGCCCGACGGUGUGGACGAACCCGGCGCGGCCGGCGGCGGACCCGGACUGCGGGCUGUGGAGCAACGACCCCGGGCAGCUGUGCUACGAGUGCGAGUCCUGCAAAGCCGGCCUCCUCGGCGCGCUGCGCGACCAGUGGCACAAGGCCAACAUCGCGCUCGUCGUCGCCACCGUCUCGCUCGUCGUCCUCUACCUCGUCGGAUGCAGCGCCUACAAGAACGCGCAGGCCGAGGCCAUCUUCCGACAGUACAAGUGGUGAUCGCAGAUAAGGGAAUGUUCGGAUGAUGGGAUUUUUCUUUCAGUAAAAUCGUGAAAAAUCCCCGGAGGAUGACCAUGGUCCAAACGCCCCGUAAAAUGUGAUUUUGCUAUGUGAAUUAUGUUCUCCUUAGGCAGUGAUUAUGUAUUUUCAGACUUCGGUUGUGGUUGUGCAAGUUGGGGAUGUAAGAUUUAUGGUCAGUUUGCGGUUGAGAUUUCAUCAUGUUCUUGUUUACUUGCUAA